GGCCACUGGGAAGACCCAGGACACGUUGGGAAGACUAUGUCUCCCGGCUGGCCUGGGAACGCCUCGGGAUCCCCCGGGAAGAGCUACACGAAGUGGCUGGGGAGAGGGAAGUCUGGGUUUCCCUGCUUAGGCUGUUGCCCCCGCGACCCGACCUCGGAUAAGCGGAAGAAGAUGGUUGCAGGUCUGCACACAUUGUUGUUGCUUGGAUACAGGAGCACAAGACACACAUGCAUGUUCCAGCUCAGCUAUCAUCAUUGGUUAGACGUCCAAGUAGAAGUGGUGCAAAACUAAUGUGUCCUAAUGAAUCUUUUAAUCCUCAUGUCUUCACUGCCCCUGUGAGCCCGACCUGCUGGCCUUGAACUUCAGCAGCAGAUGCUUAACUUCUGGCCUCCUCAGACCGCUCACUGUGGGCCUCCAAAUCACGAAUCACUUCGAUGGAGCUAAAAAGGCCAAAGCAGUCCACAACGCCAAUGCUCUCCACUCAGCUCUGGAACAUCUAGUACUCCCGGAUACCGAGGUCAGGUUCAACACCAUCAUCCCUGACAUCCUGGUGGAGAAGCUGAGAUUCCUGUGUCUAACCCCCCCAUCUGAUCCUGGAUAAAAAAAACUUUCUGUCCAACAGACCUCAGGUUUUUAAGCGGGCCCCAAAGAAACCAGGAGGACACUUGCAGGUGCCGGGCCGGACGCACAAGCCUCCGUUCAGACAGACUGGAGAGCAAAGAGCUGUGGAGCGCAAAGACAUCAGGGAGACAAGAUCUAGAGGACGUUCACAGUAGGGCUUGAAGCAUGAAAGCAUCUUCUGAAGCCAAUGAAGAGACAGCGAAAUAGCCUGAAUGGCAGCGGUGAGACGAGCAAACAUCACUUCUUUAACACCAUCACCCGGCACAUGUUGGGGUGGUUACGGCCAUUUCAGACUGUGCAGCAGCCCGCCUGCUCACCUUCAACCCGGCGAAGAAAGCCUCGCUCUCUCUGUGAGAAGAUUGGCCGCGGGUGGCGUUGACUUGGAACGUGGACACGCUGCACGAGAACUGCGGGACAGACAUCAACAAUCCUUGACAUCUCGCGUCUGGCAAGCAAGAGUCUUCCCAGGACUAGACAAGGUGUUUGUCAUCCAUCAAAACACGUCCAGGGAACACAUCAACAACAUUAAACCGACCUUUAAACCCGCUCCUCGAUAAACUUGUCUGUAGGGACGGGGCCACUGAAGACUAAGCCGACCCCCAAGCCCAAAUAUGGGAGCGCGGCAGUCAACAGCUGCACGACAAGGAUAGUUUGGUGUGACGCUUGGCGGGCAUCGUGAUGCGAGUGGUGCUCUUCCUGGAUGCAGACCGGGCUCGGACACAGCGUACAGAAGCAGCAAUGGAUCACUUCGCUGGCUUGACCGCGAGCGAAACUGUGGAGCGGAUCGCUACUUUGCUGGGCUGUGCUCCGACAUCUGAGAAGGUGGCCGCUUUCCUGGACGAGCACGACGAGCUGCGACACCUUAGGGAGAAGUUUCUGCUGCCUAAAAUAUCCGAUUUACCUCCCUCUGAUUUGGCACUGGUGGAUGGCGGCCAAGACUGCAUCUACCUGGUGGGCAACUCUCUAGGACUGCAGCCCAAAACCACUAAGAAAUACCUGGAGGAGGAGCUGGACAAGUGGGCCAAAAUAGGGGCGCACGGCCAUACGGAGGGGUCACGGCCUUGGGCCUGGGCGGAGAACAACUUGGAGGCGCUCAUGGCAAAAGUUGUCGGAGCGCUCCCAGAAGAGACCGCAUUGAUGAAUGGGCUAACGGUGAACUUACACCUGCUUCUGCUUUCCUUCUACCAGCCCACAGCGGCACGGCACAAGAUACUUCUGGAAGACAAAGCCUUCCCUUCGGAUCACUUUGCAGCCGAGUCUCAAAUCCGACUCAGAGGAUUUGACCCCGACCAGAGCAUGUUGCUGCUGGCACCCAGACCGGGGGAGGAGACUCUGCGUACAGAAGACAUCCUCGACGUGAUCGAGACGGAGGGCGCCGCCAUCGCCGUGGUGAUGCUCAGCGGUGUUCAGUACUACACGGGUCAGCUGUUCGACAUGGCUGCCAUCACCAAGGCUGCUCACAAGCAGGGCUGUUUGGCGGGCUUCGAUCUCGCCCAUGCGGCAGGGAACGUCGAGCUGAAACUACACGACUGGGGAGUGGACUUUGCCUGCUGGUGCACGUAUAAGUAUUUGAACUCCGGUGCUGGUGGGCUUGCUGGAGCUUUCAUUCACCAAAAACAUCAACAUACCAUCAAACCUACGCUCACAGGCUGGUGGGGUCAUGAACUGAGAACUCGCUUCCAGAUGAAUAACGUGCUAGAUCUGCAGCCUGGUGUGAGUGGUUUCAGACUGUCCAACCAGCCCAUUUUGCUGGUGUGCCCCCUUCAGGCCAGUUUGGAGGUUUUCAACAUGACCAGCAUGCAGGCCCUGCGCAGGAAGGCUGUGCUGCUGACAGGAUAUUUAGAGUACCUGGUUGCCCACGACUACUCGGGGGACCACACCCAGCCCUCUAAACCUCAAGUGCGCAUUAUUACGCCCCCCGACCCCGAGCAGAGAGGCUGCCAGCUGUCGCUGUCUUUCUCCGCUUCUAUUGGGCGAGUCCACCAGGAGCUGGAGAAGAGGGGCGUGGUUUGUGACAUGCGCGACCCGGACGUCCUCCGUGUCGCCCCGGUGCCGCUCUACAACUCAUAUGGUGACGUCCAUCGUUUCAUCAAAAGUCUGGAGGCGGCCCUGGCUGCCAGCUGCUGCUAAUUAAUUAGCAGCCAAUAUCCUUCAAUAAAAUAUCCAAUAAAUUCUUG